AAUAGAUUCUCACAGCUCCUCGUAGGCAGGAGGUUUCUCAUUGAAAGUUCCCUACCACAUCGGAUGAAAGUUGUUAAGUCAGUGGCCUUUCACUGACUGUCUUUGAAACAGAUGUUUUUUUUUCCAUGUCAGGGAACAUUAUGGGUAUUUGAACAAUUCUUGAGAAGAGGGAUUUAUUUUAGCAGUUGAAACACCAGGGUGAAAACUGAAAUACGAUCUAAAUUUAACCUGAUAAAAGUUUGAAGAAAGGGAUGAUGCAAAUCAACUGUGAAUGGAACGUUGAGUAGGGUGGGGGCUGUGUUUCGUAUCCCACCUCCGUGGUAAAAGACAUGGACACUACAUGUUGCCUGUGACAACAGAGCCAGUUGGCAAUGAUGUGAAUUUGCUGGCGUCAGAUGAUUAAACCUCCUCAUGAGGGUUGGAGAGCACUGCCGCAAUACACAAGCAUAAUAGAGGACGAACUAAUCAGCCUUACAGAGGACACGUAUGCAGGACCGCCGUCAGCUAAAGGUGGUCCACUGGCAUGAUAGCCAGUGAUCUCUGUUGAGAAGUCAUGUCAUAGAUCUACCUGUGAUUUUUGCAAGGGUCAGUUUGUUCCGUCCGCUAGUGGCCAUCAUGUGGCGUCUUUGGACUUACCUCUUCAUAACUUUCCUAUGUAAAGACAUCUCGGGACUCUAUUUCCCGAAGUCGAUGUACAGUUUCACACUACCGCCAGGUGCUCCCCAUAAUACAGUAAUCGGCCGUGUGUAUGUGCUGAACAAUGUCACGUCCCACUGUGACGACAACGGCAUCGCGUUCACGAUGUACUGGACCCAGGAGUACAAAGGUGAGGUGUCACGGCUGGUUGGCAUUGAUCACGUGUCGGGAAAGGUGAAAGUUAUCGGCUUCAGCGAGGAAGCAGAGAGUGGGGAACACACGAUGGACCUCAGUGUAAACGCAUCCUGCACAGACAGUCUUGGCCAGCUGGAAGUUGCCUUUGUCCCUGUAAAAGUCCACGUGCCCAUUGAUUCCAGGGGUGGUUCAACCCACGUUGGUUCUGACUCAAACCAAAGGUUUGAGAAGCUGUGUUGGGAAGAGAGAGAUCCGACGUUUAUGGUUCAGGAAGACGCGACCCCUGUGACGUUCGGAGCCCUGAGGUAUCCCCCAGACAUAGGCGAGGACAUCUCUAUGAUCUACAGCCUAGAUGACGCAGCAUCAGGUACACAAUACUUCACCAUGAACAGCGUUACUUCUGAAAUGAACCUGACACAGCCUCUUGAUCGUGAGCAGAACGACGCAGUCAGCAUGAACGUGACAUGUACAGUGAAAUCUGGUUCACAAGAAAUUGGUAAAACAAGCACCACUGUUACUGUCAAUGUGAUUGGCGUUAAUGACAACCCACUAAUAUUUUCUGAAGACAGCUCGCAGCUUCGAGAAAUAAACAUCACAGAAGAUACCCAGCGUGUCAGGGAGAUGCUGCAAGAUGUUGACAGAGGACAACCUGGACAGUAUGACGUCACAGUUGUUAACGACACACAGAGGCUCGUGAACACAACCAAUCUGGUUCAAAAUUCAGUUCAAGGGAAUUAUCUACUACUAAGUGUGGCAGCUAAUGUAAGAGAGGACAUGGAGUCGCCCUACUCUGUGGAUAUCCAUAUACGAGACAAGGGAUUCCAACCACAGUUGAGUACAGCAGCAAACAGCAGUGAUACGGCAAUAGUCAGACUGCACUAUAGAAGACACGCGCCUUAUGUGAAGAUGGAGCUGAAUAGGAAUGCAGCCAAAUAUUACAGGCUCGGCACUCUAUCAACUCGCCCGGAGUUGGGAAAUGCCAAAAUCAACCACUACAGCAUCAGUAACGCAAUCAACUCCCCCGUUCCCGUAGCAGUGACGCCAGGCAAGGGGAUUGUCUACGUUGUGGAUGACCGUUUGUUGCAAAAGUUCCAGCACCGCGUCUUCACCGUUGACGUCAACGCCAGGACAGAGGGUGGUGAUCUGUUGGUGAAAACCAUCCAGGUGUCCAUCAAGGGCGACGUCGGCAGAGAACUUGGAACAUGUGAUGAAGGGUGUUCCCAGUAUAUGAAUAUGUCAUCGUGUGAGAACAGCUGCGGACUAGGGACUGCGGACCGACGGUGCAGGUGGCGACCCGGCUACACGAACAUGAGCAGGCUGUACUCCACUUGUACGUUCCUCUGGAGGACGUGUCCAGACAGAGUCUGUGACGAGCUGGAGCAGCUGAAUGCCUAUCUCUGUCCACAGGACUGCACUAACGAAUCAAUCAUAGGCGAGACCCGUCCGACCACAGGGCGUGGCAUUGGAAUGGCUAAGGGCCCGUGUUGGUGUGACGGGAGACCGGUGAAGUGUCAUUGUAUGGGGGACUUGCGACUGGGCGUCACCCACACCGAGAGGGUCACUCACGUUGCUGGUACAGUUGCCGAGCAACGAGCAGACGACACCGAUUCCUGCGGCAAUAUGUGCAAGGCAUCUGUUGCUGCUUCCGUUGUCUGUGUAGUGGCUGUCGUUGUCGUCAGUCUUGUCAUUUGGCUGGUUUGGCGUCGACGUAGAAGUCGUCGUUCACAGGUCCUGAAACAUGUCGGCAGCAUUGUAUCAAUGACGGCGUUGCCGUCUGACUACCUGGAGGACCGAGAGCCAAGGACGUCGUACCACACUAACCCCUCGCCGCAAUGGUCGCCUAAAGUCACCACAGUACCCCCUGUCAGUAAUGAUCUUCGCGUCGACAAGUGGGAGUUCCCCCGGGAACACCUUCACCUGGAGCAGACCCUCGGGGAGGGGGAGUUCGGACAGGUGGUCCAGGCCAUGGCGUGGGCGAUCUACGGGGACGACAAGUACGCCACUGUCGCUGUCAAGAUGUUAAAAACGGAUGCCACAGGAGCGGAGUACCAGGACUUGUGGUCGGAACUGAAUCUCCUCAAGGAGGUGAACCACCCUAACGUGAUCCGUCUGCUGGGAGCAUGCACACAGAAUGGUCCGUUUUACGUGAUUGUUGAGUACUGUAAACAUGGAUGCUUGAAAAGCUAUUUACGAAGUGCACGAUUUAAAGACCGGAAGAGCUGGGACGAAAAGCAAAAAUCCGUGAAUGCCGAAACUGUCCGGAAUGAGACGACAGUUGUGCUUGCAAUUCGCGAUCUACUUUCCUUUUCAUGGCAGAUCGCUAAAGGCAUGGAGUACCUGUCCAACAUGAAAUUUGUCCACAGAGAUCUGGCAGCUCGCAAUGUACUUGUGGGAGACGGGCGUGUCCUCAAGAUAUCAGACUUCGGGCUCAGUCGGGAUGUGUAUGAAGCCGAUGCAUAUCUCAAGAUGACGAAGGGCCGUAUCCCCGUGAAGUGGAUGGCCCCAGAGUCGCUGUAUGCACAGAUAUACACAACCAAGAGCGACAUAUGGUCGUUCGGAGUUUUGCUGUGGGAAAUGAUAACAUUAGGAGCCAGCCCGUAUCCAGGAAUCGCCCCGGAGCGACUCUUCAGCUUAUUGAGAACAGGCUACCGGAUGGAUCGACCAGAGGACUGUCCCGAGGAAGUGUAUGCCAUCAUGCAGAAAUGUUGGAAGUCAGAACCUGAAGAAAGGCCAACAUUCCACAAGCUAGCAGACAUACUUGAUACCAUGUUGCAACAAAGGGAGGGUUACCUAGACCUGACCGACGACACGGCGUAUAUGGAAGACAGAUUAAAUUAUUUAGACAGUACCGACUGGCGUGGUGAAUGGAGCGACUACGAAGAGGGUUACGGUAGCAUAACAGUACUGAGGCAAACGGGGGACAACUACCUGACCGCCAUGUCUUGUGGGGAGGGGGAGACUGAUGCUGGAGAGGAGGGCAAACUGCUUCCACCAUCGCCGAAAGGUAAAGACAUUCUCAAGCACUUGGACAACAAGAAGAUGUCAAACACCAACCGCGAGGAAGACAUUUGGCUUUUGAAAAACUCAAAGGCGGACUUUAAUAAGGGGAAAAGCUGGAGGGACAAUGCCUAUGAAAUCCACUGUGUCUGAAGUUUACUGUGUAUGGUAUUCGUAAUCGAGAUGUUACUUACCUCACGUGUAGGAGGCACACUUGAACUUGGAGACCGUGUGACAAUAUGAUAAAUGAUUGCGUAUUCUGUUCCCUGCACUGAUUUGGAUAAAAGCCACCAUGGAGAAGAAUAAUGCAUAAUAUUGACGAAUAUGCGACCGUGAAAUAUCAUCAAAUCAAUACCUACAUAUAUGAAUAUUAUAUUUAUAUGGAGAUACCAGUGCAUUUAUAUUGCAAAUUGUGACUCGAAAGUACACAAGUGUUUAAUACUCUUGUCGUGUUCCUUACUUUGUGGUGCUCUGAUCUUGUAGAAGACGAAAUGUGUCGCACGCCUCCGUACAGUGAAAGAGCUCUAUUGUUCUUAAAUGGACUACGGCCUGUUGUGGAAUUGUAUAAUAAGAACGUGUUUAAUAGGGGCGUAUCGGCGGACUACCAACAUGAACUUUCAGGACGUGUUAAAUUAAUGCAUAAUUUAAUCACCAGAUCUGUAAUAGUUCUGUAAUGUGUAUAGAUGACAUAUAUUCAUUGUGUAAAACUCAGAAUUCAAACUGAACAUCAUGUACAUUCAUCUGUUUGUUGCAUCUGAUGUUAAUAGUGAAUACUGACACAUGUAGAAGUUCUGAGACCUGAAUAAUUACAAAAUGUCACAGCUGACAAAGCAAAUAAAUAACUAUCAGAAUGACUGAUUAGUGUUUCAGUGUAGUUCAGAGAUUAUCACGAACUACUGUCGUGCAGAUUCAAAUAAAUGUAGCAUUGCUGAUAUUGAGCACAACCGAUUUUGCUGCUGUCUGUUCUGGUUAAGCUGUAUCAAGUUCUAUUUUGGAAAUGUUAUAUGAGACAAAUGUUGAAAUGGCUUGUUUCUGUUACGAAACUACAUGACACGCAACAUUGAAACACUACACCAGUCUACAUUACAAAGUAUUGAAUUGAAAUUGUCGAUCGAUGUAUUUGUUAAUUCCCAGCACGGGCAAUGGAAUAACUCUCAGGUUCAAAUAUCGUUUUCUGAGAUCUUACUGUAAUCAUGACUAUCUUUUGUGCUAUAAGAUGCCGCACUAGGAUACAUUUAAUAACGUUCAGCUUUCCAUGAUGUAUUACCGUGAUCAAAUUAUUAUACCACGUUUUUAUCCACAUUAUCAAAUGAUUAGCGAACACACUUAAUUAUAUAUUUUUUUAAAAAUGCGUCCAUGUUACCAAAUACUUAUUUGUGCUAAAUAAGCUAUUCUUUACGAUACAGUCAGUUGUUGCUAGCUGUUGUUCCUUACUGUGUUUAUUUCAGGUGUAUGUUGACAUAUUUUAUAACUAUAUGUAUGUGGUCAGCAUUGUGGUUUGUGUAUUACAUGAGAUAUUUCAGGACGUACUCUAACACGGCAGCGCUACGAGGAGGUAAUUAUUGGACAUAACAUGUUAGGAUCAUUUUCACCUUGACUGAUCCAUUAAUGGUUAACCACUGGCUAACCCUUGACUCUAACUGUCGUAUCUACUGGUCACAUGCAAUAAAUACACUACUGUACAUGUUUAACUGCCUUAGCUACGGCUUACGUUCAUUAAAUACACAACUGUAUAACUGCUAUAGCUCGUGGUUACAUUCAACACAUAUCCAACUGUUUAACUCCUAUAGCUCGUGGUAACAUUCAACACAUAUCCAACUGUAUAACUGCUAUAGCUCGUGGUAACAUUCAACACAUAUUCAACUGUUUAACUGCUAUAGCUACAGCUUACAUUCAACACAUUUCGUACUGUUUAUCUGCUAUAGCUACAGCUUACAUUCAACUCAUAUACAACUGUUUAACUGCUAUAGCUACAGCUUACAUUCAACACAUAUACAACUGUUUAACUGCUAUAGCUACAGCUUACAUUCAACACAUAUACAACUGUUUACCUACCAUAGCUACAGUUUACAUUCAACACAUAUACAACUGUUUACCUACCAUAGCUACAGUUUACAUUCAACACAUAUACAACUGUUUACCUACCAUAGCUACAGCUUACACUCAACACAUAUACAACUGUUUACCUUCCAUAGCUACAGCUUAAUUCAACACAUAUACAACUGUUUAACUACUAUAGCUACAGCUUACAUUCAACAUAUAUCCAACUGUUUACCUACCAUAGCUACAGCUUACAUUCAAUAAAUACACAACUGUUUAACUGCUAUAGCUACAGCUUACAUUCAACACAUAUACAACUGUUUACCUACCAUAGCUACAGCUUACAUUCAAUAAAUACACAAUACUUUUGGACCGCGGAUCAUGAGCGAGGUGAGACAAUCGACAGUGGGGAAACCAUUAAUCUCGCAACGCGAUGGAAGCUGUAUUUCCCCAGCCAUACAUGUCACUGUUCGAUCAUUAUAGGGUUAGCUCACUGGCACUGAAAAAACAUCACCGUUCAAUCGCAAAUGAGGUAAAGUCAGUAAACACAACAAUGUUAUUCUUGUUACACAGAUGAGUUUUACUGUCAGUCUGACCAUUGCAAUUGAACCGUCACAGAUUUUACAUAAACCAUGCGUGUUGAACCGAACAAGGAUAUCAUUCAUUUACACUGUAUGUAUUGAACCAAACUGAUGGGACUUACACUCAAACAAAUCUUUGGCAUCCUAGGCCAGGAUAUUCUGCUGUCCUGUAACGGGAUGCUGAGGUUAUAUCACAGUAUAGUUGCAGAUGCGACACAGGGGACGUUAACGUUAUGUCACACUACAGUUGCAGAUCCGACACAGGGGAUGUUAACAUUAUAACACACUAAAUGUGCAGAUUCGCCACAGGGGAUGCGAACGUUAUAACACACUAGAUGUGCAGAUCCGCCACAGGGUGUGGGAACGUUAUAACACACUAAAUGUGCAGAUCCGACAAAGGGGAUGCUAACCUUAUAUCACACUAUCGAUGAGAUCUGCCACAGGGGAUGCGAACAUUAUAACACUAAAUGUGCAGAUCCGACACAGGGGAUGCUAACCUCAUAUCACACUAUCGUUGCAGAUCUGACACAGGGUGAUGCGAACAUUAUAACACUAAAUGUGCAGAUCCGACACAGGGGAUAAGAACAUUAUAACACACUAAAUGUGCAGAUCCGACAACGGGGAUGCGAACAUUAUAACACACUAAAUGUGCAGAUCCGACACAGGGGAUGCGAACAUUAUAACACACUAGAUGUGCAGAUCCGCCACAGGGGAUGCGAACAUUAUAACACACUAAAUGUGCAGAUCCGACACAGGGGAUGCUUACCUUAUAUAACACUAUCGUUGCAGAUCUGCCACAGGGGAUGCGAACAUUAUAACACACUAAACGUGCAGAUCCGACACAGGGGAUGUUAACGUUAUACCACACUACAGUUGCAGAUCCGACAAAGCGGAUGUUAACGUUAUAUCACACUGCAGUUGCAGAUCCGACACAGGGGAUGCUAACCUUAUAUCCCACUACAGUUGCAGAUCCGACACAGGGGAUGCUUACGUCAUAUAACACUACAGUUGCAGAUCCGACACAGGGGAUGCGAACAUUAUAACACACUAAAUGUUCAGAUCCGACACAGGGGAUGCGAACAUUAUAACACACUAAAUGUGCAGAUCCGACACAGGGGAUGCGAACAUUACAACACACUUAAUGUGCAGAUCCGACACAGGGGAUGCUAAUGGUAUAUCACACUAAGUGUGUUCCUCAUAAUAAAGAAGUUGACAUCCAUAUCUUCUCUUCCUGACACUAUACUUGCCGGUCCGACACACGGAAAGUUCUCACAAGCUAUGGUAGUCGAACCCUACAAUUAAACUAUUAUGUCAGUCCGGCCAUUGGUAGAGCUUACAACCACUUGUAUCAUUACUGCUAAAUCCAGCAGAGUUAACCGUUACCUUAUUACCACCAGAUAGAAGGGCUGGCGCUAGUUCCAGUAAGCUCCCGACCGUCACAGUGACAGCUUCAGGCGCCCAUUUCCGUUCUUGCAAAACAGUUUUGAAUGAACUGUAUGUCUAACGAGAUCAUUACAAAAUUUAAAUGAAUUGUUUCACAUUUGAUGCGAUAAUGAUUGAGCAAUACGAAUGCCUUUUACCUCAUACAUAAAAUGAAGAGUUAAUGCAUGACAAUUGGUAGCCACCUUGUGAAACAUGGACACAGCCAAUACCUUGUGAUGACAGGUAGAACAUCUGGUGUUCCAGGGGAACAUGCCAGGUCAUAAGCUGUCUGUGUUGUGUGUUGAGUUCAUUAUUCAGUUUUAGUAUUUAUUUGUCAUAGGACGAUGAUUUACAUGAAGGAUUUUAUUCGAACAUGUUCCCAUUAGCCAUAGGUUCGAAGCUAAUCAUAUCAUUCUAAUUGAUAUAUACAGUUGCAGUUGAUAAUGUUCACCGACAUGUACAACACCACUCUAGAUGGCAGAUCGACAUGAUAGUUUAGAUCAUCAAAUGAUUGGCUUUGAAAGUGUCUUAACGCAACAUACACUGUGUGUUCAGGAUAUGUACCAGUCUGUUAAAAGAUCUGUCUGAAGACUUAUUUUGUACUGUAAUUGGAUUUAUGUUAUGUGAGAGGUGACACGUUAGGGUGUAUGGUUUAGGUACUAGUGUAAGACAUUGAGAAAGUAUUGGAACCCCGUAUUUAUUCGGGGCGGUCGGGUAGCCUAGUGGUUAAAGCGUUCGCUCGUCACACCAAAGACCCGGGUUCGAUUCCCGACAUGGGUACAAUGUGUUAAGCCCAUUUCUGGUGUCCCCCGCCGUGAUAUUGCUGGAAUAUUGCUAAAAGCGGCGUAAAACGAUACUCACUCACUCACCCCGUAUUUAUUCAUUAUUCGUUUAUUCCUUUGGUUCAAAUUCCCCCCUCCCAAUUUAGUUCAAUCAAAUAUGUGUAUUACAAGUUAACCACUGAUUUACUCGUCAUUUUUAAUGUGAAGUAAAAGUUGCGAAACCUUAUGUUUCUUAUACUAGUAUCCACGAUGCUGUGCACUCAGAAUGUGGAAACGUUUCCCUUGAAAGAUUUCUUUGUACAUUCCAAAUAAAUAAAUAUAAUUCUAAGGUGCAGUGUUCACUUGCAUUUUUUAUGUACAUGUAUGUAUGCACGUAUUCAUGUAACAGAUACAAACGUUGCCACGUGAACACUGAAACAUGGGUCACGACGUCACAAAUUGAUUACAUUACGUUCAUAACAAUCA